CAGAGGGUGUGUGAAAACCACAGGGCAAGAAAGUCAAACCGAGAGUGGGAGGAGGGGAUCGGAUUGUGCAAGUGGUUGUCUAAGGCCAAAGGCCGUUGUUGUCGGGGGGGGUUUGUUGUUUUUUUUGGUGCCACAUCCUCAGUUCGAGCCCAGAGUCCAAGCUGCAGAAGCAACAGCUGUGUGUGUGCCGGGGAGCAGGAGUGAGGUGGUUGGGAGUGAGGUGGUUGGGAGUGAGUGAGUGAGUGAGUGAGGACUGGAAGUACCUGCGCUCAGAGUCUGGAGAGCAUGAAUUUCCUUGUGGAGACGCUGCGGGUUCUGCUGCUCUCUGUGUACUACGCUCUGGAAGCGCUGGUGCGGCUGGUGGUGCCGCCGCGGAGGAAGAGUGUGCGGGGGGAGAUCGUGCUGGUGACCGGGGCCGGCAGCGGCAUUGGUCGGCUGCUCAGUCUGCACUUUGCCCGCCUGGGCUCCACGCUGGUGCUGUGGGACAUCAACAAGGAGGGCAACGAGGAGAGCGGGCGGCUGUCCCGGGAGCAGGGAGCCCCCAGGGUCUACACCUACCUGUGUGACUGCAGCCAGAGGGCUGAUGUGUACAGAGUAGCCGACCAGGUGAAGCGAGAAGUUGGAGAUGUCAGUAUCCUGAUAAACAAUGCAGGUAUUGUCUCUGGAAAGAAAUUCAUGGAUGUGCCAGACAACUUGCUGGAGAAAACUUUGGAGGUGAACACUCUGGCCCAUUUCUGGACCUACAAAGCAUUCCUGCCUGCAAUGAUCGCCAGCAACCAUGGCCACCUGGUCUCCAUUGCCAGCUCUGCGGGAAUGAUUGGAGUCAACGGCUUGGCAGAUUAUUGUUCGAGCAAGUUUGCAGCACUUGGCUUUGCUGAGUCUAUUGCCAUGGAGCUACUUAAGUUGGGAAAGAAUGGUAUCAAGACCACAAUUGCCUGCCCGUACUUCAUAAACACUGGCAUGUUUGAUGGCUGCCAGACCAAGUGGCCCCUUCUUCUUCCCAUUUUAGAUUCACAUUACGCUUCCAAAAGGAUUGUGGAUGCCAUCUUACGGGAGCAAGUGAUACUUGUGAUGCCACGUAGCCUAUACAUAGUGAUCGCUUUAAAAAAUAUCCUUCCUGUGAAACUUGGGAUUCUUCUUGGAGAUUAUUUGGGUGCUUUCCAAAUAAUGGAUAAAUUCAAAGGUCAUCCCAAGAAAGAUUAACGUUUUCCACGCAGUGAAUACAGAAGUUUGUUUUCUAUAUUGUGAAAUCGCGUCAGUUAAAAUAGUACGAUUUGUUUAACAAAGCUUAGCAUUUAAUAAAAAAGAAAUGAAAGAGAGUAUGUAAUUCUGCAAAUCUGAAUAAAACAAUCUGGAAUUCCAUGGGUGGUCAACCAUACAAUAUUAAUCUAUUUUUGACCUUCAGGUGGUGAAUAACCAGCUGUGUAUUCCCAGGGUUUUUUUUUACGAAAACCGUACAUUUUAUUCUCUUUCUUGCAACCUAAUUUUUCUUACUGGCAUUUUUAUAAAACUGCAACUUACUGUUCAGUUUAUUUUUGGAACAAUCAAACGUGAAUUUCACAUUUGUUGAAUAUUGUCUUUUAAGCUUUUCCUGUUUCUAUUUGCCUUGCCCCACAUGUAAAAAUGUUUUCAUAAAUAAUCCUUGCAUUUGAUACGAAAUAUAUGUCACCAAAACGUCUCAGUGUUUUACAGGAUUUACUGCAAAGUGCAGUGGCUGUGCAUUGGUAGGUGAAUAUGAGGAAGAGGGCAAUGCAAGACUGAGUAAUUUUCCCAUUGUAGGCUUAAAGCCAUUGAGAAAUAUUAAAUGAGACACAUUUUUUUCCUUUAGCAGCCUUGUAUUGUGCUGAUUUGUUAAAGUUAAGGCACUGAUGAAUAGCCUUGUAAUGAGCAGUCAGUAAGCUCUUCAGUACACACACAGUGAAGCAUUUAUUUUUGCAGUUUGCUUCACAAUUGAUUCAGAUAAAGAAGUAAUCUAAAAAAAAGUCAAUAUACUUUACAGUAAAUUCAGUGAAGUGUUUUGAGAC